AUGGCAAUAGGAAAAGUUCCAGUGGUCUUGUACCAUUAUGAAGCCUCCCCAUUCUCUACCAAGAUCAAGAACAUACUCGCUCUCAAGGGCAUCCCGCACAGCAGGGUAGAUGUCGCUCUCGCACCUCCCCGCCCGGAGCUCUCGACGCUGCUUGGGCUACCCUACCGACGCAUUCCCGUCCUCGCGAUCGGGAGCGACGUGUAUUGCGAUACCAGCCUCAUCGCGUCAGUGCUCGAGCGCCGAUUCCCACCCUCUGAAGGCUACCAUACCUUAUUUCCCAAGAGGAAGGGAGGGCAGCGUGCGGAUACGGGGCUGGUAAAGGCGCUGUCUAUGUACUACGUGGACAGAGUUCUGUUCCAGCUGGCCGCGGACAGUCUUCCUUACACCCGGUUCCCCAAGCCCCUUCUGGAGGAUCGAAAUGUGUUCUUCAGCCCCACGAAGCCGUUUGACCUGACACAGAUGACUGCUCGUCAACCUGAGGUGAAGAGCGCCAUAUCCUCCCACCUAACUCUCAUUGAGGAGCAGCUUGCGGAUGGUCGCGAAUGGCUCCUCGAUACAGAGGCUCCCGGCUUAGCUGACAUAUCCGUCCAUUUUGUUGUCGCAUGGUUGCAACACCGCCAAUUCAGAGCUCUUCACGACGUGCUUGAUGCACAAAAGUACCCCAAGAGUCUCGCAUGGCUGUCCACUGUAACUGCGUACAUUGACGGCAGACAGAAGACGGGCGCGUCUGCGUUCGAGGAUAUUACGGGUGAACAGGCCGCAAAACUGAUUGGCUCAUCACCCUGCGAGGAUGUGAGCGCUGUCGGAUUCGACGACGUUGAGGCCGCACGCUUGGACGUGAAGCUGGGCGAGGACGUCUCGGUAGAACCACAGGACAGCGGGAAAGUUCCUAGCGUUGGUAAGCUUAUCGCGCUGAACCGCGAAGAGGCUGUAAUCGAAACCCGCGGGUCGACGGGUGAUGUCAUUCGUUGUCACUUCCCGAGACUCAACUUCUCCAUCAAGGCGCUCCAGAAAGUGGACGCGAAGUUGUGA